GGUAACUAAAUAUUAUUACCUCCAACUUGCAAAGUAAUUUAUAUACUUAUAAAAUGAAUCAGAUGAGUGAAGAUUCAGUUAAAGUUGCUGUUCGUAUUCGUCCAUUAGUAAAAACUGAAAUUGAACGAGGUUGUCAAACAUGUUUAGAUGUGGUUCCUGGUGAGCCACAAAUAAUUGUAUGUAAUACAGCUAAAACUUUUACAUUUAAUUAUGUAUUUUCAUCUGACGUUAGUCAAGAAGAAUUUUAUGAUACUGCUAUUAAAGAUAUGAUAAAAAAUAUUUUUCAAGGCUAUAAUGUUACUAUAUUAGCUUAUGGUCAAACAGGUAGUGGUAAAACUCAUUCAAUGGGUACAAAUUAUAUUGAAAAAGAAGAUAUGGGUAUUAUACCACGAGCAGUACAUGAUAUAUUUAAUAUAAUUUCAUCAAAAGAAGAUUGGAAUUUUAAAAUUACAGUUUCAUUUAUGGAACUUUAUCAAGAACAAUUAUAUGAUUUAUUAACUGAUAAACAACGAAGUCAAUCUAUUGUUGAUAUUAGAGAUGAUGGUAAAAAUAUAAAGAUUACUGGACUAGUGGAGAAAGAAGUUACAAAUGCAAUACAAGCAUUAAAUUGUUUAACACAAGGAUCUUUAGGACGUGCAACAGGUGCAACUGCAAUGAAUGCAAACAGUAGUCGAAGUCACGCAAUAUUUACUUUAUGCAUAUAUCAACAUCAAAAAGAUGAUCUCAAUACAGCAACAACUGCAAAGUUUCAUUUAGUAGAUUUAGCUGGAUCUGAACGUAGUAAAAAGACUCAAGCAACUGGUGAAAGAUUUAAAGAAGGAGUUAAUAUAAAUAAAGGUUUAUUGGCAUUGGGAAAUGUUAUUUCUCAAUUAGGUGAAGGUGGUUCUGCAACAUAUGUUGGUUAUAGAGAUAGUAAACUGACAAGAUUGUUGCAAGAUUCUUUGGGUGGUAAUUCCAUAACUCUCAUGAUAGCAUGUGUUAGCCCAGCAGAUUAUAAUUUAGAUGAAACUUUGAGUACAUUAAGGUAUGCAGAUAGAGCAUGUAAAAUAAAGAAUAAACCUAUAGUAAAUCAAGACCCAAAGAUUUCAGAAAUAAAUCGCUUAAAUAAAUUAGUACAAGAAUUAAAAGUUGCUUUAGUGGAUCAUGAAAUUAAAAUUUCUUGUCCAAUUGAACAUCAAGAACUUGAAGCAAAAAAUCAAUGUUUGCAAAAAAAAAUAAGAGAUUUAACAGAAAAGUUAAAUAGUAACUUAAUUGAAGCUGUAACUAUGCAUGAGAGAGCAGAAUUAGCUGAGCAAGCAAGAGAAAAAAUUCAGACUGAUAUGAUAAAGAUAUUAGAAGAAUGUAAAGAACUUUUAAAUGAUCUUGAUAAAAAUCUUGAAAAGCAUGAAUAUCGUACAAGAUUAGAAGUUUUGUAUUUAAAAAUUCUUGAUAUUCAAAAUGAUCAGAAAAAGACAUCAGAAGAACUUAUAAAUUAUGGAAUAACGUCCGUUAAUGCAAAUACAUUUACAAUAAAUCACGAAGAAAAUAUAGAACAUGUAUCUACGGAGGAAAUAUGUUCUCCAGAUAGUUUAGAUGAUUUUGAUGAAAAACAAGAAGAACAUACUUUGCUUCAAGUGAAGAACAAUGAAGUACAAAAUAUCAAUAAGGAGCUUGCUAUUAAGGAAAGUCUUAUAUGUCAGCUUUUAAAAAACUCAUCUCAAAUCGUCGAUUAUUCUAAAGUACAAGAAAUGGAGCAGGAAAUAAAAGCACUUCAGGCAGAAAAGGAAGAACUUUUACAAGCACUACAAAAUGUACAAACAAAUAAUGUUAGCUCAAAAUUGGCAGAAAGUAGACGUAAAAAGGUACAAGAAUUAGAAAAGAAGAUAACAGAAUUAAGACGGAAGGUAACAGAACAAGAUAAAAUAGUCAAAAUGAAAGAUAAACAAGAUCAACAAAUAAAAAAUCUAACAAAUGAAAUGCAAUUAUUAAAACAAACAAGAGUGAAAUUAAUUAGACAAAUGCGCAAUGAAUCUGAUAAAUUUACAAAAUGGAAAGAAUCAAAGAACAAAGAAUUAAACAGAUUAAAAGAUCAAAAUAGAAAACAAGUAAACGAAGUGACACGUUUAAAAAUGUGGCAUAAUAAACAAGAGAUUGUAUUUAAAAGAAAAAUGGAAGAAGCUUUUGCUGUUAAUAAAAGAUUAAAAGAAGCACUCGAUUCAAAAAAAACAAUUAUGAGAAAAGAAAAAAUGAAUAGUACUAACACUGAAAAAAUCAAAAGUUGGUUGACUCAGGAAAUAGAAAUAUUAAUAAGCACUAUUGAUGCAGAAUAUUCUCUUGAAAAACUAAUGCAAGAUAGAGCAUCAUUAACAUCUAUGUUAGAAAGAUUUAAAAAUAGUAAUGAUAUAAAUGAAACAAAAAUUGCUAAACUUAAUGAAUUUUUAAAUUUACGUAAUACACAAAUUACUGAUCUUCAACAAAAAGUAAUUGAAUCUGAUCAAGAAAAUAGAUCACAUCUAAGGUGGCAAAAAAUACAUUCGAUAGAAGAAGCAAAAAUUACUUUGAAAUUAUUAUUUAAAUAUAUUGAAGAGGAUAGAAGAAAGCAAUGUAUAAAAGAAUCUGAAUUUAUGGAAAAGUAUGAAUUGUUGCAAGCACAGAUGGAUGAAUAUUAUGGCAUUAGGCAGAAAGAAGAAUGCAUGCAAAAGCAACUUGUACUAAAUGAUACACAUAAUAUUGAAGAAUAUGAAAAUAAAGAUAACAAUAAAUUAAGAGAAGAAUUGGAGUUUUACAAAGAAAAAUGUCAAAAGCUUGAACAAACACUGUCAAAUAAAAUACAAAAUAAAGAAAAUAUGAAACCAAAAACAGUAAGAAAAGUAGAGAUAGAAGAGUUUCCUUUAACAGAUGAUAGUAUUAAUGAAGAGGAUGAUGAUAUUGAAAAAGAUCCAGAUUGGAAACGAACGCCACUUUACAAUCGCGUACAAAGUCUUAUAAAUACAACGAGAAAUUUGCCAUUUGAAGAUAUGUCACUGAAAGAAACAUUAAAUGGUGAUAUAAAAUGUAAUUGUAAAACAACUUGUGCUACACGUAUUUGCAAAUGUCGUAAAAGAAAAGCUAUAUGUGGCAAUAAUUGUAAAUGUACUUUAGAACAUUGUCAAAAUAGAGAUAAAAAAAAUUUGAAUCGUACAUUAUUUGUGGAAAAUAUAGAAGAAGAAAGAGAAAAAUGUGAUGAAUUUGUCAAAAAGCCAAGAUUGCUGGAUUAAUUGUAAUGUUAUCAGCAUCAUCGAUGUCAACAAUAGUGUACUAUAUUAAAACUGGACAAAAGUACAAAUUAAAAAAAAUAUAUUUUGUAUCAUAAUUUUUCAAAAAUAUUUUACAAACAGAAAGCAAUAUUUUCUGACUAUUGGAUAUUGAUUAAAUUUUAUAGUUAUAAGGAAUUAUAUAGCUAAUAUUAAUUAUACAUAAAUUUAAUAAUCAUUAUUUAAUUGUAUACUUAAGUAAUAUGACAAUAAAAUUUUAUACUUUGUAACAAAA